AUGGCCACACCAUCUGCUGCAAAAAAAGACGCGGCUGCGAUCAUCGCGUCAGCGUCGCGCCACAACAAAAUUUCAGCGCCUCCCUCGUUUAAGAACGACAACCACAAAGUGGUGUGGUGCGAGACGCUAUGGACGAACUUGAGUCAUCAGGCCAAACGUCUGGGACUGCCGGCGGUGCCGUAUUUUGACCCAGAGACGAUGUUGUUGAGUAAGGACGUCAACCGGAAGUUGUGGAUUCAGUUGGAACGGCUAUGGGACAACUUGGGCCCCGACAAAGCACCAUAUGCAUCGCCAACCAUGCUCGAAGGCGGCGAAGUCAAAUGGCAUUCCUUCUUACCUGGAGAUAAAGGCAAGGAGGUCGAAGUGUAUGCCAACAUCGUCGAUGCGUUUAUGAGUAGUGCGGUUAGGCCAGGCCAUUAUGACGAUUGA